AUGUUUACUCUUUAUUUACCUUCACUCUUCCUCACAGAUGUGAAAGAGGUGCUCAAACCUCUAUACGAAGCCUACGAGAAACACUGUCACAGUGGCGACAUCGAUAAAUGCGUCGAAUUCUACCACGCUGAUGGAGUAAUGGUGGAGAAGGGCAAAGGUGCUGUCUACGGAAAAUCCUACAUUCGUGAUGCGCUCGUGAAACUCUGGGAGCAAACUGGGCCUCAGAAGUUCACAAAAUUCAAUGAAAAAUACGAAGGAUGUGAUGACUUCCUCAUCCUCACUUGUGACAACACGAUGGAUUCCGUGAAGAGAGGGAAGGAAACGGCAAAAAUUGUGCAGAUUUGGAAGAAGGACCAUGGGAAAUGGACCAUCUACCAUGAAGAGUGCGAUGUGAAGAAGUAG